AUGCUAGGCGUUACCCAGAUUGUGAACAGAACAGAUGGUGAAUGUUUUGAUGAAACAGAUGAAGCACUAUUCGAGGCGGUGGCCAUCUUCUACGGGUUAGGGAUCAAUAACACCAUUAUGUAUAAUGAGCAAAAGAAGAUUACUGCGAUGCAGUCCGUUGCAUUAGAGGUUCUCUCCUAUCACACAUCGACAUCGCCGCAGGAAGCCAUGGUUCUGGCGGCGACGACGUUACCUGAUCAAGUGCGUAAUGUGAACCUAAAGGAACUUUUAUUUGACAACUUUUCCCUCAACUCCAUGGAAAUGUUGGCCGCUGGAGUGGAAUUUUUCGGUCAAUUGGGACUGGUUACGAAGUUCAAUAUUGAUACUCAGACUACGGACGUUGGAAAUAAAAUCUCAGACUUGGAGAAACUAGCUUUGCUGGUCGGUUGUUUCUGUCAUGACCUGGACCACAGAGGAACAAAUAAUGCAUUCCACGUAAAGACGCAGUCUCCGCUGGCGCUUUUGUAUGGCACCAGCGCUACGAUGGAACAGCACCACUUCAACCACGCCGUCAUGAUACUGAACAGCGAGGGACACAAUAUCUUCAGCAGCAUGAGUGCGGCGGAUUAUAGUGCAGUAAUGAACCUGCUGAAAGAAGCCAUACUCGCCACGGACUUAUUGCUCCACUUCAAGGCGUACAAGAAUUUCGGCCCCCUGGUUGCCGAAAAGAAACUCGACGAGACGCAGCCGAACCACAUGCACAUGUUGCGCAGUUGUCUGAUGACGGCAUGUGACAUCUCUGCCUGUACAAAGGCAUGGGAGAUCCAAUGCAAGGUAGCUGAGCAGAUUGCCAGUGAGUUCUGGGCGCAGGGUGACAAAGAGAAGCAGGAACUGAAAGUACAACCAGCGGCUCAGAUGGACAGAGAGCGGAUGCAUGACCUUCCUAAACUUCAAAAGCAGUGGCUGGAAGGAAUCUGCCUCCCUCUAUACACCACGCUGGCCAAUCUGAGCGACGGAUUUCAGCCGAUGCUGGCCGGUAUCGAGGAUAACUACAAGAAGUGGGGCGAGCUGGCGGAGACGAACAGCUACGAGUUUAGCCUGGUUAACGGUCAUGCGGCCACCCCGAAUGCCAGCCCCACGGAUCUGUUUGCUGAACAGAACCAGCGAAGUCUACUGACAUGA